GUAUAAACUCUUUUUUUCAAGGUCUGAUCUAAAAAAUCUUUGAGCCAAGAUAGCUUGAAUCAAUCUCCACCCAAGGACAAAUGUAAUAAAUGCCAUUUGGCAACCGCUUCCUAUAAAUUCAAGCACCCUUGAGCUGCCUUAUGCAAUGAAAAAUUACACAAAAAAUGGGUAACCUAAGCCUUUGCCUAAUUUUCUUGCUUUGCUUAUUAGCUAGUGCGGCUGCCCAACAAUGUGGGCGGCAAGCCGGUGGCCGGACUUGUGCCAACAACCUUUGUUGCAGCCAGUAUGGUUACUGCGGUAAUACAGAUGAUUAUUGUUCACCUUCUAAAAGUUGUCAAAGUAACUGUUGGCCUAGUGGUGGUGGUGGUGGUGGUGGUGGUGGUGAAAGUGCCUCCAAUGUUAGAGCUACUUACCAUUUCUACAACCCCUCACAACAUGGAUGGGACCUAAAUGCUGUAAGUGCUUAUUGCUCAACAUGGGAUGCAAACAAGCCAUUGGAAUGGCGCCAGAAGUAUGGAUGGACCGCCUUCUGCGGACCAGUUGGACCUCGUGGCCAAGCAUCUUGUGGAAGAUGCUUAAGGGUGACAAAUAGAGCUACAAGAUCUCAAGCAACAGUCAGAAUUGUAGAUCAGUGCAGCAAUGGAGGCCUAGAUUUAGAUGUAGCCGUGUUCCGGCAGAUUGACACUGAUGGAAGAGGCAACGCGCAAGGCCACCUUAUGGUGGAUUACCAGUUUGUCAACUGUUAAGAUUGAAGCACUCCAAGCAUAUUCUAUGAUGUAAUAAUAAGAGAAUUUCCUCUCAUAAAUCAAGCUACUUAAGUCAAGAAAUAAAUCAAUAUAUGUUCUUAUUGGAUGAGGGAAAAAAAUAAAGAAUUGUGGAAUGCCAAAUCAACAUCUCCCAAAUCAAUCUUAGUGUGAAUAAUUGCAUGAAAAUGGUGAUUUUGGCUAGUAUUAAAUUUAGCUUUUUCCUUAUAAGAAAAUCAUAAUUUGAAUAUAAAAGAAGGCUUAACACUAGAUAUUUUUAUAUGCAAAUACAAGCAU